AUGCAAGACUAUAAUGGCGGCCGUGACUUCAACUCUCUCAAGCGUGAGGUGGAUCGCAAGCUCGACCCACGGCCAGCUUGCAGCCUGGAGUCAAAGGAUGCCUGCACGCCGGAGGACAGGGCCACCCUAGAGGAAAGCGAGAAGAUGUCAAAGGCGGAGAGGGCGGCAAAGAUAAAGCAGGUGCAAGAGGAGAUCCAGGAGUCCAAGAAGCAAGCUGCCGAGCUCGAAAAGAAGGCGAAGAGGCUGGCGGAGUCGUUGGAGCUCAUCAAGGCCGGAGGCGCGGCCGUGGAGCGAGUGGAGCAGCUCUUGGAGGACGGCGACUGGCGCGCCCACUGUGAGGGCCGCACUUGCAUCGUCGCCUUCCUGCCGCACAUCUAUGACGACGGUGCCGCCGGACGUCGGGAGAAGAUCCAGGUUCUGGACCAAGUCAUGAAAGAGACGAAAAAGGACGGCAAGUCGGUGGGCUUUUUGUGGAGCCAGGGCGGUGACCAAUUCGAAAUGGAGGAGGUCCUGGGUUUGCAGUUUGGCUUCCCAGCUGUCAUCGCAGUGAAUUUUGGCAAGGGCCGAUUUGGUGUCCACCGUGGCACCUUCGACAAGGACUCCAUCUCUCAGUUCCUUACCUCCCUCUCCCGCGGGGGAACCCCGCCGAGAGCCCAAAUGGGGGCCCCCUGGGCCCCCCUUGUGCUUUUUCAGAGAAGGGGAGAACUCUGA